GCUAAUUGACCAUGUGCGAGAGCAUCCCUGUCUAUAUGACAUAAAAAGCAAAUUUUAUAGAGAUCAGGCAAUAAGGCAGGAGGCCUGGGAGGAUAUCGCCAAUAGAAUGUAACAGCGGAUGCAGUGAAAGCUUUGUGGGUGAAGUUAAGAAACGCGUUUAUAGCGGCGAAGAAAAGAAGAAAAACAAAAAGCGGUCAAUCAGCAAGAAAGAUUGCUGCUUGGAAGUAUGAACAAGAAAUGUCUUUUUUAAUUCCUUUUUUGGAAAUGAGAGAGACAUCAAGCAACUUAGAAAAAGUAACCAAUGUGGAAGAAGAGGAAGAAGAGAGCCUUGAUCCUGAAGAUACACUGGACUCUGAAGAGGUCUCUCACACCCAGGAGCAUGAGGGUGGAGAGAACAAGACACCAACUCGCGUAACGCCAGUGAAGAUGCGUAAGCAUCAGAAUCCUGCGCAAGAGAUGGUGCAAAUAAUGAAAAGGAAUGCCGAAAUGCGAAUCAAGCGGCAUGAGAAUGACAUAAAACAUGAUGAGGUGGAUAUGUUUUACUUGAGCAUGGCGAAAACUGUAAAACGUCUACCUCAAUUGGAGCAGGCGAAUAUUCGUAUGGCAUUAUGUCAGUUGGUGUCAGAAGCGGAAAUUAGGGGUCUACAAGGAAUUCCGGAACGUUCCACUUCUUCCUCCUCCAUGUCAACUUUCACUUCGUCGUCUGCUCCUAGUCCAAAUGUGGAUCAAAGAUCGUACACAGAACAAUUAUUUUGGGGACAUGAACCAAUACCAUAAUUUGUAAAUAAAUGUUGUAAAUUUGUUAUUAAACGUAACUUACCUUAAGCAAA